AUGGGGAGACCAAGGCUCAUUAUCUUGGUGCGCCACGCCCAAUCAGAGGGCAACAAAAACCGCGAUAUCCACCAGACCAUCCCAGACCACCGGGUCAAGCUUACACAAGACGGAUGGCAGCAGGCGUACGACGCGGGCCGGCGCCUGCGGGCGUUGCUGCGCGAGGACGACACCCUACAUUUCUUCACAAGCCCCUACCGCCGCACGCGUGAGACCACCGAGGGCAUCCUGGCCACGUUGACCAGUGACGAGCCCGCCACGAGCCCGUUCCAACGGGACAAUAUCAAGGUGUACGAGGAGCCGCGGCUGCGCGAGCAGGACUUUGGCAACUUCCAGCCGUGUAGUGCUGAGAUGGAGCGCAUGUGGCAGGAGCGUGCUGAUUAUGGGCACUUCUUUUACCGUAUUCCUAAUGGUGAGAGUGCGGCGGAUGCCUAUGACCGUGUGAGUGGGUUCAACGAGAGCUUGUGGCGCCAGUUUGGGGAGGAUGACUUUGCAAGUGUUUGCGUGCUGGUUACCCACGGCCUCAUGUCCCGCGUCUUCCUCAUGAAGUGGUACCACUUCAGCGUCGAGCACUUCGAGGACCUACGCAACGUGAACCAUUGUGAAUUCCUCAUCAUGCGCCGCAACGAUGACAGCGGCAAGUACAUACUAGAAAACAAUCUGCGGACAUGGUCGGGGCUCAAGCGGGAGCGUGCUUUGGAGCAAGCUGAGAAGGCCGGCAAACCUAACGGCAAGGCGGGCAAGGAGCACGGCAAAAGUAAGGACGCUUUCACGCUGGCACGCGCCGGUACAUUCGAGGUCCGGCGUCGCUGGGGAGGCUGUCCCAACGGCUGUGACCAUGACAAGAGUUUCAAGAUCCGCCAGACGCUGGCUGACCUCGUCAAGAGCGACAGUCUCAUCUCUAAUCACGCUGUCGGUCUGGCUGCCGUAAACGAGGAGCCCAGCCCUACGGCGAGCGUUCCUGCAGUCAGCGACAGUGAUAGUGGUACGCCCACGCACAGCAGCCACGCAGGCACGCCCGGGUCUACACACGGCAUCGUCAACCCUUCCUUCAACGGAACGGGCAAUAGCCAUACGCUCCUCGUCAGCCGCCGGCCGGCUGCCAAGCGGUUCCUGACCGGGACCACAGACGGAGAUGGGGAUUAUGAGCCCGACAAUGUCACAGGAGGACCGCAAAUCGACGUGACCAAGGCGCGCGACGAGGUGGUAUCCAGCCCAGACGGCACACCGUCGUACAUCUCCGUCGACGACCGUCUCCGGUCCCGGAUCAAAAGCCCCAACGUCCCGCCGCGCCCGCUCCAGCCCGUCCCGCUUCACGUAGGCCGCGAUUUCGGCGGCAGCUACAGCGGCCACGACAGUGCGGGCAGCGACGACGCCGAUGACUCCGAAGGGGACUACAGCGAUCGCCAUCGUCCCGGCGCAGCACCGCUGACCCCGUCCUCCACUAGCACCACUGCUUCCACCACCAUCAACAUCACGACCAACAUCACCGUCUCAGCCGACCCUGUCAGCGACCACGAGGAACCCAGCAGCGACUCUCCCACUGCCACCCCAACCCAACAGAAACAAAAGGCCGGCCUCGGCAUCCCCACGUCUGCCAUCCCCUUACACCACCGUCCCCACAACCACACCCACUACCACCACCACAAACAACACCGCCAUGAACGCGAACAAUCUCGCAUGGGCCGCGGUACGCGUGCCAACCGGCUCGGUGACCACCACAGCAGUGAUGGCGAGCACGAGGCGGACUGUGAAGGCGAGAAGAAGGGUGCUGUCACCACCACGCGCGGCAAUAGUAGUAGUAGUGUGGCGGUGAACAAGCUGGCGGUGUGUGAGCAUGGACAUGAUGAUGAUGAUAGUGGGUCGGAUGAAGUGACGCGGGAGAUGACGGAUGAAGCGGAUGAGGUGUUGGCGAGGGAGGAGAGGGAGGAUCGGAGUUUGAGGGGGAGUGUUUAUUGA